AUGUCCUCAGCCAAGCAUAAAUUCUGUUGCGGUUUCUGGAACUGUACGAGGGGAUUCGAUAGAUGGUCAAGACUCGAAAAACAUUUCAGAGAUCAUAUUAACAACAAUGUUCGAUAUAGACCUCCUCAACGAUCCUCUGCCUCUACCUCUACGAUGCCUCCCUCUAGACGAAGGAGAAACAAGACUAUCUCGAGACGAAGAAAUAAGAAGAACCGCACCUCGAACGAUCGAGACCAUAUCCCUGCUAUCACUUCUGCGCGCAACAUCAACCCAAUGACAAUCGAUAUUCGUACACCAUCGCUUUCACCGGAUGCACCAUCCGAAAGUGGAAGCGAGAUGGUAGUAGAUAUGGUCGAAGCAGUCCAGAAAGCUCAGACACCUCCCACGACCACACCAAGUAAGAAAGGACCAAGAUGGGCUGUCGCUCCUCGUUCGCCUACUCCACCUUCCAUCGAAGAACAAGAUGAAAUCAUCCAACAAGACGAUAUUGAUACUAAUGGUGCGGGUGGUACGAUAACGGAGGAUGAGAUCAAUCAUUCGGAAAACGGUGAUAUCGACCAAGCUGAAGAGACGAUCAGCAGUCCCAUCACAACUCCACUGACACCCCAUCGACUCCCUCAACCUCAACCUCUAGAUGAGGAUGGAGAUGAGGUCAUCGAAUCACCCAUUGCUCGACUUGGUUCAGCUGCACUUCGAGCCCAUCGUUCUCAUUCCCAGGAUUCUGCCAUCAUUAUCACUCCUCGACCUGGAUACAGAAACAGAACUAGAAGCUCUCCGGCCGAAGUCGAGGCUGACGGGAUGUCAACCAUACCUACACCUAAUUCAUUAGAUCCGUUCAUCAGAGAUGCGAUGAGUUCCAUCGGACUUCGAAGAGGAAGGAGUGAAACUCCUUGUCCCAUCCCGACUUCGGAAAAUCCGGUACAGGUUCAAAGGUACGAUUUGGCUUUAUCCGAAGAAUCAGUCUCAACUCCUCAGGCUCUUCUUCCAAAGACGACCAACUUGCCUGUCAUCGACUCUGUCAACCAAGCUUUUAGCGGUAAUGGUCAUUCAUCAACGCCGAAACACACUCUGACACCAUCUUCACCAAGCCAAUCCACCGUUCCCAACAGUCCAAACGUCAUUGUCUCAACUGAAUCAUUCGUCGAAAAGCUAAAGCAAAUAUCCAACGGACCAUCAGACAAUGAACUCCUCACGCAAUUGCCCUUCUCAAGCCAAUCUUCUAGUAAUACGAUGAGAAAUGGCUCGCCUUUUGCCGAUGUGGUGUCGACUGUAAAGAGAGUGAUCCAUCUCUUUGAAGAUUUCAAGGAAAACGAGAGAAAGAAUAGAGCAAAGAUGGCUGAAUUGGGUAUUUUGAUUGGUACCUUAGGAAAAUUACAUGGUGUUGAUCUUUAG